UCGUCCCCACUUUCCGGCCGACCGUAGCUUGCACGUAAAGUUACGAGAUCCCUGGUGCGGAGCACCAGUUGCUCGCUUCGACCCUCCGUUCCAGUAUUUAGUAGUUCCGUGAGUGUAAGAACUUUGCAAAAAUGAACAGGCCUUUUUGGAGAGAGGACCCCGAAUCCUCUUACCAGGUGGCGGUUGUCCCAGUGGGCUUUCCGAACAGAGUAUUCACGAUCAGCGAGGCCGAAGAUUUUGGAGACGCUCUUAGCCGGUGUGUCAUGAACUACAUAGAAACGCGUCGGAAAAAGUCUCUUAGAUUUGUGCAACCAGAAUUCCUCUCUUUCUUUAGAAAGAACGGGGGAAUUCUGUUGUCCUGUGACACGGAAGUCACGGUUCGUUGGCUCAAAGUGGCGAUAAAGUUCGUUAAGCUGUCGAGUGGUUGUGGCCUACAGAUCGAGAGCAAGGAAGCGCUGGACAAUCGCUUCCUGGUGGAGGGAAGGGGGACCCAUUCUCGCUUCAAUGGGAACAACAUUAUCAGCAACCUGCAAACAUUUAAUGGAGAGCUAGAUGUCUCUCGUUGGAGAGUUGUUCGCGAGAAAUACACAAGAUCCGGAACGAUAAUAACGCUGGAAAUGGAGGGAAGAUCGGUAGGGAUGUUGCGAAAGAAGCGAAAUCGCUUGUCUCUAGACCAGGCAGGUGUGCACAAGUUCAACAUUUUAAAUGUGACGCGGGUCAGGAAUGCGAGACCGGCGGGGGAGCCAGCAGAGGUGGAUAUCUCUGAAGAUGAUUUUACUACGGGAUCGGGGGAUGCUGUUGAGACUUUGGCCGAUGCUGCUGGCAUUGCCGUCUCGCUCAACGAUUCGACUACGAUCGAAAACGUCCCCUCGCAGCGGGACGAGGGUGUCUUGUUUGAUGCUGCGGGGGAUGAAUUCAUCCUCUCGGUGAAUCUGGAACAAUUCGAGGGUAACGAGGUCUCCGAUGACGCGGCGAGGAUCGUCGGAGACGAGUCGGUGAGGGGCUCGUCUACGCCAGUGAGGACCACUGCCAGAACGAAGGAGGGUUUUUCGCAUGGACGAGACAGGACAAAGGGCAAGGCGACUCUGAACUUGAAGUCGACAAAUGGAAAUGGAGAUGAUUCUGGAGUCGGAUUGGCCGGGAGGAGGGAAGGUCACAAAGGAGGACACGGGUAAACAAAGGGAGACAAAAGCUCUAGGAGAUCGUGAUUGAGGAAGGGUCGUGAGGUCAGUCAGGCGAAUGACCGAACGGGAUAGAUCGUCGUGAUGCGAAGGUGCGGAGAUCCCAGGAGAGCGAUGUGAUGCUGGUUGUACUGGAGCGGAGUGUCGCCUGUUGGAGAUUGAACGCGGAGGAGUCUGUUCUUCGUUAAUGAUAUACACAUAUAUAUAUAUAUAUAAAUUUAUAUUUCUAUUUACUAGUUGAAGUACGUUUCCUUUUUAAUGAUAAGAGUUUUAUUAGAGUCCGCGUGCAUGGUCCCUACGGGGGCUUAUCCUUUUGAUUACACUUGCCCGAUGAAUCGUGACCCGGGUACGAUACGUUUGUUUUAUCGCAAGACCUUUAAGUAAUUGAGUCAACAGCGAUGUGACAUGUGACACGAUACUUCUUGGUUAACGGCCAAAAUGAGCAGAGUUAUUGAUUAGAGAAAGAAUAAAAUUUACUUAUUUAUGUA